AUGGCUACAACUUGCUUGGAUUUACCCCAAAACUCCUCCAAUCACCUAGAGGAUUAUCAUGGAAGAAUAUCUGCUUCAAUUCCAUUCACAUGGGAAUCUCAACCAGGUACUCCUAAGCACAACUUUCAUAAAAUUGAAGCUGAUAAUGAUAAUCUCCCUCCUCUCACACCUCCACCUUCCUAUAGUUAUUCCGAAACCACAAGAAAACACGCCAGAAAGUACUCGAAGGCCAGUCUUAUAUACGCCAUCUUUCCCAAGCACAAUAAAAAGGAAACACGUCCGCCAACAUCACCAUCAUCAUCAUCAUCAUCUUCUUCUUCUUCUUCAUUCUAUACAUCUUCACUACCAUUACCACAAUCAUAUUCAGUGUCAUCUUCUACAGUGUUGAACUCUCGUCGACAUUGCUCAAGAUCAUCAUUUGGUUCAAGCACGGAUGAGGAAGAGCACGAAUAUAAAUUGCCGGCUCCAUCUUUGUGUGCAUGCAUAAGUAUCAAUCGUAAAGCGAGUAGAAGGUUUAGAGGUUUGUAUGCAUCCAUUAUCAAGGUAUUGGUUAAGAGGUUAUGA